AUGGGCUGUGCUUUACUAGUUAUGGUCUGGAGCGGGCCGCACCAUUUUGGAUUCUGCGAUGGCAAAGAGAGACAAAGACAUGCGAAGCUUGGGCCACGAGGCCCAGAAAUAAUGUUCGGCUUUGUGCCUGCCACUUGCAAAGUGCACUGCGGGUGCGGCCCGGGAGGGGGAAGGGACUCGGGACUCGGGACUCGGGACUCGGGAGGGAGGCUAGUAAAUGUAAAAGUGAAAAACCCUCUCCUGUUUUUUGAGGAGUCGUCAGUCAGUGUCACUGUAUCUGAUUGCGUGAAGCAUUUGGUUGGUGUGAUUUGGAAGGGCGAUCAGCUGAUCGAUGGUGUCCCUGAGACACUGCACAUGCUUCGAUCAAAGGGGAAGAAGCUGGUGUUCGUUACCAAUAAUUCCACAAAAUCAAGAAGCCAAUACGCCAACAAGUUCCUUUCUCUUGGCAUUUCGGUUACUGAGGAUGAGAUAUUCUCUUCAUCCUUUGCCGCAGCUAUGUACUUGCAACUCAUUAACUUCCCCCAACACAAGAAGGUUUAUGUAAUAGGGGAACAAGGUAUUUUAGAAGAGCUGCAGCUUGCUGGUUUUACAGCUCUUGGUGGCCCUGAAGAUGGUAAAAAAACGGCACAACUGAAAUCAAAUUGCCUUUUUGAACAUGAUAAGAGUGUUGGAGCAGUUGUGGUUGGACUAGACCAGUAUAUUAACUAUUACAAGCUUCAAUAUGGAACCCUUUGCAUACGUGAAAAUCCAGGAUGCCUUUUCAUUGCAACCAAUCGGGAUGCAGUUGGACAUAUGACUGAUUUACAAGAAUGGCCCGGUGCUGGGUGUAUGGUAGCUGCUAUCUGUGGAUCCACCCAGAAGGAGCCUAUUGUAGUUGGAAAGCCCUCUAAUUUCCUGAUGGAAUUUUUACUAAAGAAAUUCGAUAUUAGUUGCUCCAAAAUGUGUAUGGUGGGUGAUAGAUUAGAUACUGAUAUAUUGUUUGGCCAGAAUGCUGGCUGCAGAACUCUCCUCGUUCUUUCAGGUGUGACGACUGAAUCCGUUCUUCAGGACCCUUCAAAUAAGACUCAACCAGAGUACUAUACAAGCAAGGUUUCCGACAUGUUUGACUUGCUGCGGCCGUAG